AUGGUUGAUCAAGGGAUCCACGGGAGGCGGCACCACUUCGCGGAGAAGCUUUUCAACCGCGGCCUGAUAGGCGACAUCCUCAACGCACCCGGCAACAUUGUCAGUCAGGUAUUGUCGUCGCCGGCGACGACAACCCAGGAUAACGUCCAGGCAGAGGGUACACCAGCGGCAGCGGCCACAACGCAGGCUGCUGCCGCACCGGCUGCUACGACACAAGCAGCCGCUGCUCCUGUGCCCGCGACGACAUCACCGGCCGCAGAACAACCCGUUGCAUCGCCAGCAGCAGCAACAACAAAACAAGAGCAGCAGCAAGCUGCUACGACACCGGUAGCUCAGGCACCCGCAGCGGCAGCAACAACAUCGCAACAAGAAGCUCAGGUAUCACCAACAACAGUUGCGGUGGCGAACCCUCCGGCAGCUUCAACCACGUCUUCAAUAGAGGCUGCUGCUGCUGCUUCGUCUACACCUCCUGCAGCUGUCACAACUGUCCCAGCAGCAGCUGAGAAUGCAGCUUCAUCACCGGUGCUGUCACAGGCAUAUACAUCACAGGGAACGGCAACAGGCGUGAUCAGUGCUGAGGCUGGAGAAGCAUCAAGUACCAGAUCUGAUGUCGCCAAUACCACGCAAACACCGGCGUCGAAUCAUGAGAAUAAGCCACCAUCAAACAACCAGGGACCCUUGGUUGCCACCGGGGUUGUGUUGGGUAUCGUAGUAUUGAUGGGACUCUCACUCUUGAUAUUCUGGUGCUGCCGCCGGAGGAGGAGAGCGGCACACCAACGCCAUGAACCCAUCGCUCCCGAGAGUCCUAACAACGAGUACGGUCCUGCCUCGCCUUUCCGCGACCAUAUCGAUCACAGCUUCUCUGAGAUGACUGAAACUGAGAUGACCGAAAAUCAUACCAUUGCCAGUGAAGAUGAAUCCACCAUCCAACACCCUGAACCUGGCUACCAGCCUUCCAGCCAGCCACCAAUGUCGCCCCAAACCCAGGACACACCGAGAACAAACCCAUAUGCAGCCACACCUUUCUCAUACGCCCAAGCACAGCAAUACGUUCAAUCGCUCGCAGGCACAGGAACCUUUGGGUUUCCUCCGCCGCCUCCUAUCCCUGAGCCAUCACCUAUCCGCAUCUUUAGAUGGCCGACUCGCUCGUCUCGCAGCGGCAACUCCACACCCAGCGUCUUCUCCGGCUUACGUACGCCAAAGACGCCCACUCGCGCUCUUUCCCGGGCGUCUCAGAGUACCAUGUCAUCAAUGCUGUGGCACGGCCGCAGAGACGUCGCCCGAAGGACGAUAUCCCGGAGUCCCGGCUCGCACAAGUCGACUCACAACGUUUCUUCCCUCAGCCCUGAGAGCACGAUGCCAGAGGGCCUCCACACGCCCAUCCUGGACUGGCUUCACUGGAUCCGUGGUCAUCAGCAGGUGGAGCCCGAUCCGGAGAUGAACCACCGAAAGAGCUUCGCCAGCACGACGGAGAGCUCCAUUUCCGAAACAAGCGUCGCGAGCACUGCUAGCAGCGAUGUCUUCUCGCCCACACUCCUUUCUUAUCACCCUCCGGCCACCACGCCGAGCAUCACUCCCGAGACCUUUCAAUAUCUCCCUCUUCCUCUGUUUAAUAAGAGGCGCAGCGAUGUUCAAAGUGAGGUCACGAUGGAAGCGUCUGGAACUAUCCGCAUCCCGAGUUUUGGGUGA